CCGCCCUCUCCCGGCAGCCCCCGCGCGCAGGCCCCGCCCACCCCGCUCCGGGUCCGGGUCCGGGUCCGCGUCCGCUCGCGCCGGAGCCCCGCGCUGAGCCCCGCCCGCCGGGACGCCAUGCACGGCCGCCUGAAGACCCGCCCCCCGGACGCCGCCCGCCGCCGCCAGCGGGAGGAGAAGCUCCGCCUCUACCGCUCGGCCAUGGCCACCCUGCUGGAGAAGCGGGCGCGGGGGGAGCUGGAUGCGGAGGUGCUGGCGCUGACGGGCACCGUCCUGGCGGCCAACCCCGACGUGGGAACCUGCUGGAACCUGCGCCGCUGCGCCCUGCCCCCCGCCACCGCCGACUGGGUGCCGGCGGAGCUGGCCUUCGUCGGGGCGUGCCUGGGCGUGAACCCCAAGUCGUACGGGGCGUGGCACCACCGGGGCUGGGUGCUGCGCCACGCCCCCGCGCCCCGCCCCGCCCCCGCCGAGCGCGCCCUCUGCGACCGCCUGCUGGCCGCCGACCCCCGCAACUUCCACGCGUGGGAGCACCGGCGGGCGCUGGCGGCCGAGGAGGACCCCGAGGCCGAGCUGGCCUUCGCCGGGGCCCUGCUCAGCCGCGACUUCUCCAACUUCUCCGCGUGGCACCACCGGGGCCGGCUGCUGGCGCCCGCCCGGGCACCGGGGUCCCCCGCGGGCGGGGCCGGGGCGCUGCCGCCCCCCCGCCUCCGGGAGGAGCUGGAGCUGGUGCAAAACGCCGUCUUCACGGACCCCAAUGACCAGAGUGCCUGGGUCUACCUGCGCUGCAUCCUCUCCCGCGCCUCCCCCCCGCCGAGGAUUCUCUGUCUCUACGUCAACCGGGAGGACGCGACGCUGGCGGUGACCUUCUCCCGGCCUGUCGUGGUCGGAGCGGCGAGGUCAGGUCUGACGGUGACGAUGGAUGGCUCCACCCUGGAAGGGGCGUGGCGCUCGGGGGAGGGGCGGCCACGCCCCAGCCACACCUGGCUCUGUGACCUCCCCUUCCCUGACCUGGCUCCGCCCCCUGCCCGGCCCCGCCUCCACUUCCGGGUCACCUGGGAGCCUGACCCCGCCCACCGUGAGGUGACACUCCUCCCAGAUGAGAACGAGGCAUGGUGGCAGGAGCCAAUCGUAGCCCGGGAGCUCUUCUGGCCCGAGGUGGGCGUGGCCGAGGCGUCGGUGCUGGAGGCGCAGGUGGAGAUGUGCCGGGAGCUGCUGGAGCUGGAGCCCCGCAGCCGGGGCUGCCUGCUGACGCUGGUGCUGCUGCUCUCGGCCCUGGACCCGCUGGCGCACGAGGAGGAGACGCGGCGCUGCCUGCGCGGCCUCCAGGAGGCGGACCCGCUGCGGAGCGGCUUCGUGUCCGACGUGGCCUCGCGGGCGGAGGCGGCCGUGGGCGUGCUGCGGCGGGAGGCGGGGCCUGACGGGGCCGUCUGGCUCCGCCUCCCCAGGAAGGGGCUGACGUCGCUGCCGCUGCUGGAGCACAUGGUGCUGGUGACACACCUCGACCUGGCCGGGAACAGCCUUGGGGGGCUCCCCCCCGCCCUGGGGGGGCUGCGGCGCCUGCAGGUGCUGGACGUGUCCCACAACAAGGUCACGACCCUGCAGGGGCUCCCGCCCCUCCCCCGCCUGGAGGAGCUGCGUCUCGAUGGCAACCCCAUAAGCCACGCCUUGGCCCUGGCCCCAUUGGCCACCUGCCCCCGGCUGGCUCAUCUGCGAUUGGCCGAGACGCCCCUGGCUGCCACGCCUGAGGCCGCCGCCCACCUGGCUCAGCUCCUCCCCCACGUCGAUGUUGCCCUUGUCUGAUUGGCCGGUGCCUGGAGCUCCGCCCACACCGCCCCACUGCUGUUGAUUGCCCCCCAUGGCUUUGCCCCGCCCCUUAAAGGGGGUUUCUAAUAAAGUGAUAUCACAAGG